AUGGCUUGCGGGAGUAUAAACUCCCAGUUUGGAGCUGUAGUUUUGUGGCAUGGUAAAGGGCAGAGCAUAUCUUCAAACUUGGAGCUCUCCAAAUGUAAACCCCAACUGAGACUCAGUUCUCUGGAUUCUUUAAGGCAAUACUGCAGUCCUUUCACACUUCAGUUCAAAUUCAAAGUCCCAUCACAAAACUUUGUCCGAUCAGUAGUCAUCAAAUGUGAUCAUCCACAAAAUGCAGAUUUUCCUCGCUACUACUCAAAGAAGGAGAAGAAGCCAUUCCCUGUACCUAUUGUUGAGUUAAGAAGAGCUGCUAGGAAGAGGUUCAAGGACAGUAGAGGCCAACCCAAGAAACCUCUUCCACCUCCUAAAAUUGGCUUGCUUGUGAAGAGUCUGAUUCCAUUGGCUUAUACUGUUUAUAAUGCAAGAAUUACAUUGAUUAACAAUCUCAGAAAGCUGUUGAAAGUGGUGCCUGUCCAAGCUUGCAAGUGGUGCAAUGAAAUUCAUGUGGGACCAGUUGGCCAUCCUUUCAAAUCCUGCAGAGGAUCAUCCGCCUCUGUCCGAAAUGGAGUUCAUGAAUGGACAAAAGCAGUUGUUGAUGACAUAAUCGUGCCUGUUGAAGCUUACCACCUCUAUGACCGUCUCCAAAAGCGCAUCACCCACGCAGAGAGAUUUUCAAUCCCCAGAAUUCCUGCAGUAGUAGAACUCUGCAUCCAAGGAGGGGUCGAUUUGCCUGAAUAUCCUACAAAAAGGAGAAGAAAACCCAUCAUAAGAAUCAGCAAAAGCGAGUUUGUCGAUGCAGAUGAGAGUGAAUUGCCGGAUCCUGACCCAGAAGAUCCUUCACCACCAUUAUUAACAGAAAUACCUGACACAGAAAUUAUUCCUCCCUCUACUGCAGAAGAAACUGUGGCUCUGGCAGAGGAGACGCUCAAAGCAUGGGAGGAAAUGAGAGGAGGAGCCAAUAAAUUGAUGAAAAUGUAUCAAGUGAGGGUUUGCGGAUAUUGCCCCGAAGUGCAUGUUGGCCCUAGUGGACACAAAGCGCAAGUUUGUGGAGCUCAUAAGCACCAGCAGCGUAAUGGACAGCACGGGUGGCAGACAGCUGUUCUCGAUGAUUUAAUACCUCCGAGGUAUGUGUGGCAUGUUCCUGAUGUUAGCGUUCCUUUGUCGCGAGAGCUUAGAACUUUUUAUGGUCAAGCCCCUGCUGUAGUAGAAAUAUGUGUACAGGCUGGUGCUGCUGUGCCAGAACAGUAUAAGCCCACGAUGAGGUUAGAUAUUGGAAUCCCUAAAAAUGCUAGAGAAGCUGAAAUGGCUGUUUGA